GAAACUUGCCAUAAUAAUGAGAAUGUUAAACCUAAGCAAAAUUACCAAAACCGAGAAAUAUAAAAAUAAGUUCCCUCUGAUUAAUCAAACACCCAGACUGGAAAAUGAACCGCCUAUGACAAAUUUCGUUGAGUUUCCUUUUUUGGGGAUACGGAUAGAAGCAGAAAGGUCAUUCGCAAAGCUGAAACAAAACAAGCCCUCGAAAGAUAGCCAGCCAUGAGAAAAGCAUCAAAAACUCUCUUUCUCUAAAAAAAAAAAAAAAAAACAGAGCAAUUAAUAUGAUCCCGUUAAUAGUUACAGCUUCAAUCUUUUUAGUGGAAAAUUAUUUUUCCACCAUUUCUUAACACUAGAAGAAAAAAGGGUUUCUUUUUUAUUUAAAGAAAAACAAUUUUGGGUCUUUGAAGUUAUGAGCAGAGAAGUAAAUGAUGAAUUAGAAAACAUUGGACGGUUAAAACAGUCGUCAGGGCCGUACAAAUGGCUAGCGAGCUUCCAACGUGAUUUGAUGGCGGGAGCGGUGAUGGGGGGUGUGGUGCACACGAUCGUGGCACCAAUUGAGAGGGCAAAGUUGUUGCUUCAAACCCAAGAGAGCAAUUUGGCUAUUGUGGCUGAUGGAAGAAGGAAAUUCAAAGGGAUGCUUGAUUGUAUCGUCCGUACGGUAAGGGAAGAAGGCGUUCUUUCUUUAUGGAGAGGCAAUGGGAGUAGUGUUCUCAGAUAUUACCCUUCCGUUGCUCUUAAUUUCUCCCUCAAGGAUCUGUAUAGAAACAUAUUAAGAAAUGGCUAUUAUCAAGAUGGUCAUGUAUUCUCUGGAGUAUCUGCCAACUUUAUUGCCGGAGCUGCAGCUGGUUGCACAACAUUGAUCUUAAUCUACCCUCUUGAUAUCGCUCACACACGCCUUGCUGCAGAUAUAGGAAGAACUGAUGUUCGUCAAUUUCGAGGUAUCUACCAUUUCCUGAGUACCAUACAUAAAAAAGAUGGAAUUCGGGGAAUUUACAGGGGUCUUCCUGCCUCUCUACAGGGGAUGAUUGUUCAUCGGGGUGUUUAUUUCGGAGGAUUUGAUACAAUAAAUGAAAUUUUGUCAGAAGAAUCCAAAACCGAAUUGGCAUUAUGGAAGCGUUGGGUGGUGGCGCAGGCCGUGACAACAUCUGCUGGAUUGUUGUCAUAUCCACUAGAUACAGUUCGGAGGAGGAUGAUGAUGCAAUCUGGCUUGGAACAAGCAAUGUACCAUAGCACACUGGACUGCUGGAGGACGAUAUAUAGGACAGAGGGGGUGACUUCAUUUUACCGUGGGGCACUGUCUAAUGUUUUUAGGAGUACUGGUGCUGCAGCCAUCUUGGUUCUGUAUGAUGAGGUCAAGAAGUUCAUGAAUUGGGGUGGAUUGUAGUUGGAAGCAAUUUUUUACAGUUUUCUUAUUGAACAAAAGGAUUAGAGUAGAAUGAUAUUCAGGAUUACAACAGGAAACCUUGUAAAGUGCAAUCGAGGUUGAUACCCUCAAUGCCAUAGUAUUUACUAGAUGACAUUCAUUUACCACAUUUCGUUGCAAAGCUUUGACGAUUGAUCACACCUUGAUUUUCCUUGAUGAAUAAAAGAGCAAGUUGCUGCUCAAUAUUGUGCUCGAGGUCAUUACCAAAUGUGUCCUCUUCUUUACAGUUUUGUCUUUGGGAAGGGGGAUAAAAUGGGUUCUGUGCAGUUGUUCCUUUGAUAUCAACAUCCACGUUCCGGUGUCUGAUGCA